GCAAGCCAUGAAGCAUUAUGAAGCCUCAAGUAAAACAAGUUUUUCGAAGUCUACCAAAAUCUGCCUUCAGUGGUGGCUAUUACAGAGGUGGGUUUGAACCCAAAAUGACAAAACGGGAAGCAGCAUUAAUACUAGGUGUAAGCCCUACUGCCGAUAAGGGAAAAAUAAGAGAUGCUCAUCGACGAAUUAUGCUUUUAAAUCACCCAGACAAGGGAGGAUCUCCUUAUAUAGCAGCCAAAAUCAAUGAAGAUAAAGAUUUACUAGAAGGUCAAGCUAAAAAAUGAAGUAAAUAUAUGAUGAAUUUUAAGUUCUUACUCAUUGAUGUAUAUGAAUACCAGCUUUUUAUAAUAAAAUGCCUCAA